AUCAAUAAAGCAAUCAGACCUAAAGGGUCAUUCUUUGGGUGUUUUCAUUUGGGAUCAUCAUUACGAGAUAUGCAAACCAGGAAUUGUAAAUCGUUACUAUGUAUACUUGUUGCCACCCAACAAAGUUCCAACGCCAUUCGAUGAGGGGAAAGUUACUGAGGUGGUUGGAUGA